UUUCCAACCGCAAUCUUUCGAGGGUAGUAGGAGCACCCACUGCUUCCUCUCAACGCUACUGUUUUAUUCCCGAGGCCCCCGUCCACUAAAUUCAUCCCGCGUUUAUUCCUUCCUCGCGCCUUUAAUCCUAGGGUGUUAAGGGCCUGCCGAGUCAACCCAUCGAUUGCACCGGCAUUACAAAAGAACCUUUAAUCCCAGUGCUUCGUACCGUCCAGAUGGAUUGAUUUAAGAAUUAGCAAGGGGGAUUAGCAUGAUGCGUGCACACCUCUGCCCGUGAUAUGAACGGCAUCCAUCCACAACCCAACACACUCAGGUCAAACUCUCUGUCGAACAAGACAGUGAUGUUUGCGGCAUCCACUCUUUAAGAAGUGAAGGUCAGAAGGCGUAGAUUUGAUCUAAUUCAUCACCAUUUCUACACUUCAGUCUACCGUCAACAGCAACAAGACGUUAUCCCUGGCAGUUCUCGUCUUAAUACUGGAUGAAUUAUGCCUUAAAUGUAACCUUAAGUGAUCACAAACGGAAGGAUUGUUUGGAACUCUGUGGAUCAUCAUAAGCGGUCUUUUCAAGGAGUGUCUGUCAAAAUCAUCUCAAACUCGAACACGCUUUAUCUUUGAGCGUCUGCGAGAUGAGAACGGGUUGAUCAGGGAGCAUUAUUUUGAUCGUCAAGGACUUUAACAUCGUUCUGUCAUCAUGGAGGCUUUCAUUAAAAUUUUCGCUGCCAAAAAGUUUCCGGUGAAAAAGUCUUGGUUUGGACUGAAACACGAGAACCCCAAGGUCUUCUACAAGCCACAAUGGCGUUUACCAGUCUGGCUCUUCCUCAGCUACCGGAUCAUCUCCACUUGUUACGUCAUCUCCUAUUUCAUCUACGAUAUGGUGAGUGGGAUCUCCAAGGACGGCAGUCGACAUUUCAUCUACCUCUCUACCUGGGAGAACUUCGCCUUUGACUGCUACUUCGCCGUCGCCACCGCCAACCUGAUCGUAAGUCUCCGCAAGGAUCACCUGGAGCGGUUGAAGCAGGAGCAGGAGCGCAAGAAACAGGGACUCUUCCAGAGGUUCAUCAAGAGAUUCAAGAAGAAACCCAAGGAGGUCAUCGUGGAGAAGAAAGACGAGGAAGAUGAAACGCCACUGAGUUACAAGAUCCAAUGGUUCCUCUUCAACACCACCGUUCCCAUGUCUAUCCUGGUCACCAUCAUCUACUGGACGACACUCUACAUGACACCGAAUGACCCCGAGCUCGUCAACAAGGUCAAAGUUCACGCCAUCACCAUGCUUCUCAGCUUCACCGAGCUCUUCAUCACCGCCACGCCCGUGCGCUUUUGGCAUUUCAUCUACCCGAUCGGCUUCGAUCUUCUCUUCGACUUCUUCACCGUGAUCUACUGGGCGUGCGGCGGCACCAACUCCGAGGGCAAGCCGUACAUCUGGCCGUUCCUCGACUACGGCAACGAGCCGGGCACCGCCGGCGGCGUGUCGCUGGGGAUGAUUCUCUCGCUGUUGGUGCUUCAGGGCAUCAUGUACGGGUUCUACAGACUUCGAUGUUGGAUGGCCAGCAAGUGCGGUAUGAACCCCGACCUUGCCGGGAACGAGAAGGACGGCCUUGUGGAAGGGCUCGUGGAGUCUCCCUGUUGAACAACCGAGAAACAUAACUCAGAAAGGGUUCAAAUCCUUUCUUUUCACAAUUCAUAUUGCUGAGAUUUGAAUUUUACGAGAAGUAUAACUCUAAGAAGACAGUUUCCUCUUUUUUCCACACAAUUGCUGGGGUGUUGUACGAGACGUAGAUCAACAAAAUGAGAAAAUCCUCUCCGAGUUUUCAAACUUACUGAUGAGUUUUAAGGUUACAACGGCGCGUUUUAUCUCUAACUUUUCUUUUGUUGAAGAAAAUGGUUCUAGAUUGCGAUCUGGACUGGGAAAAUUGUGGAAUGCGUUUCACAAUCAUGAAAGGAACUUGUGUGUUGAUAUCAGUUUGAAUGUAUAUAAUAAUGCUGCUAAUAACCUUUGACAAGGCACAAAUGUCAUUAUCGUACGUGCAUGAUAGGACUAGGAAGAGACUUGUAUGUCAAAGUGAAUGGUCAGAAUAUCAUUCCAGGCUGCCUCGUAUCUCUACGAUGCAAUGAGAAAUUCAUUGAGUGUAAUUAUGCUACAAGCAAAUCGUUAGGGGCCUACUUGUUUUGUGCCGAUCGUUAGCCUUGUUUUGUGCCGAUAUUCACAUUUGGAUGAAAUGUGUACAUCGUACAUUGAUUAGUAUUCAUGAGGAUUUUUGCAUUCUUUACAUAAACCUUCACCUUUCUCAUAAAUAAGAGAAAAUGACAUGAUAUUGUGAAUAUACCUUGCUUGUGAUGAUAUACAUUUUAUACCAAACAUAUCAAAGAUUUGAAAUAUAUAAUAGCUUUUGAGUAUGAUGCAUGACUAUUUGCACGAUACCGAAAAAUGUAAAAUAUAUAUAU